AUGGUUUAUCAAUCUGAAUUUCGCCAUGAUUCUAAUGCUAGAUUUGUCGAUGAUGCAAAUGAUUAUGAUAUCAACGAUGAAGGUGAAGUCGAGGGUAUCGUUUUACCGAGGCAACUGAAUCAGAAUUAUGCAUUUAAACAUGGUUUUGGUAUACGUAAAGAUAGGUUGAAUCGUAGAGAUGACAAAGAUAGGACACCUAGGCAACGCUUUUUGGUGUGUUCUUUUGCUGGCUUUAAGCAAGAGAAGAAGCAUGGUGAACAAUCAAAAGUUUACCAAAAGAGGAAUUUCCGCACAGGUUGCAAGGCUCAUAUACAGUUUGAUAUUGAUAAGGUGUCUGGUUUGAAUGUCGUGGUCAAUCACACUAUGGUUCAUAAUCAUAGUAGGGUUCCUGUUUCAAAGAGACAUUUGAUUAGGUCUCAUAGGAAGGUUAUGGUUACUAAUGAACAAGUUGUGAUGAUGAGUAGCUUGACUGAGAGUAGUAUACCUGUUGCUGAUGCAAUGCGUGUUUUAAAACAUCAAGCUGGUGGAGAGGCAAAUCUUUCAUUUCUUUGUAGGGAUGCGUAUGGUGCUUUAUCCCAACAUAAGAAAAUGAUGUUUGACAGUUGUGAUGCAAAGCGCUUGCUUAGCUAUUUUAAGGAGAGGAAAUCUAGUGAGUAUGACUUUUUUUAUGACUUUGAUGUUGAUGAAAAAGGUCAUUUGCAAUCUUUCUUCUUUCGUGAUAAUAGAAUGAAGGUAGAUUAUGAUGCUUUUGGUGAUUUAUUAGUCCAUGAUACAACGUACCGUACAAACAAAUAUGGUAUGAUUUGUGGACCGUUUGUUAGUAUGAAUCAUCAUAACAAUAAUGUCAUGUUUGGUAUUGGCUUCUUGAUCAAUGAAAAAUGGGAAUCUUUUGAGUGGUUGUUCAAUACUUUUUUGAAAUCCAUGGGUGGCAAACAUCCUGUGACAAUAAUGACUGACCAAGCUCAAGCAAUGGCCAAAGCAAUUAAGGUUGUCUUCCCAAAUUCCAGACAUCGACUAUGUACGUGGCAUAUUGGGGAGAAUGCAAAGAAAAAUAUCAAAGGACUUAGAGCAAAGGAAGGUUUUAAUGAUUUGUUUGAUAUUGUUUUGAAGUAUACCGAUACUAUUCAAGAAUUCGAGCACUAUUGGUCAAGCAUGCAGAAAACGUACAAAUGCACAGAUAAUAAAUGGCUGCAAAAUCUGUAUAAUAUCAAAGAGAUGUGGUGUCCUGCAUAUUCCAAAGAUUAUUUUAGUGGCGGUGUUAUGUCAUCUCAGAGAAGUGAAACUACUAACAAAUCAGUUUUCCGUCGACUACAUGCCACUCAUGGUCUAUGUGAUUUCUACACUACUUUUAUUGAGGUUGUUGAUGAGUGGAGGAGUAGAGAAGGUAGUAAUGAUUAUGAUAGUAUGACUGGAAAUCGUCAUUUAGUUUGGGCAGAUAUUGGAUUGUUGGAGCAUGCAAGGAAGAUUUAUACUAUUCUAAUCUAUUUACAUUUUGAAGACAAUUUUGUCAAUGGUGUUCCCUGCACGGCAAAGGUAAUAGGAUUUCAACCUCCACUUUAUGAAUAUCAUGUUGGGCAUCCAAAAAAGGAUUUGAUCAUGCAUACUGUUGCAUUUGAUGAAUCAACAGUUACAGUUGAUUGUACUUGCAAAUAUUUUGGUGAGAGAUUGUAUCAUAUUCGUGCAUUUAUCACACUUGUAGAUCGAGCACAGAAUGACUUGAGUGCUCGAGCUGUCAUUGAGGAAGCAAUUGAAGAAUGCACUGCUAGGAUUAAUCUCUUGAUGGGAGAAGAUAAAGAUGUGCCACCUGAGUUAUCAAAAACGAAUGAACAAGAUGUUACUCAAGAAAAAGGUGAUGGCAGUCUAUUAGAACCAGCAGUAAUAUUUGAGGAAUUGGCUGAAGAACAUGGAGGACUUGAAAAAGAACAUGGAGGUUUUGAAAGAGAACAUGGAGGCAUUGUUAAAGAACACACAGUUCAGGUAGAUGUCAAGGAUCCUAUCAAAAAAAGAAAAAAGGGUCAAAAGAAUACUAGGUGGAAAAGCACACAGGAAAAGGUUUCCAACAAGCUCAAAGGUCAAAAGAUAAAGUCAUGGAGAAAGAAAAGCGCAAAGGGUGUUUCAAAGAUGAAACAAAAAGCACAGACUACGAUUAAGGAUUUCCUCCAUGUACCUGAUGGAAAUGUUCUGGCACAUUCCAACGAAUUUGGAGGAUCUUUGGAGUUUUUUGAGCCUGAUGACUAUUUUGGAGUGAAUAUUAGAGAAUUAUAA